GGUUUCUUCAGUUUUCUGGCGCUUCUGACACUUUGCCGCUAGAGGGCGCAGGUUAAGACUGGGCUUUGAUGGCAUAUGAAGAGCAGAUGCGCUUCUCCUUCACUCCACUCCUCAGAAAAGCACCGAGUCACACAGAAGAGAGAGAAACUGAGGAAAAGCCCGUCCCAGACACAGCACUGCGGUCAUGGCGACUUCAGAAGAGUCACUGUGGGUGGAUCAGAGUGCCUUUGAAUAUGACUAUGAGACGUUGCGAACCACGGGGGUCAUUCUGGCAGUGGUGAUGUUUGUAGCCGGGAUCCUCAUAGCCCUGAGUAAAAAGUUCAAAUGCUCAAAAUCGUCCAACUCAAGUCCAGUGGAAGGUCCUCAGCCACCAAAGACAGAAGUACCUUCUCAGACAGUAUAGAGGCAUCCACCUACCAGGGAGGGAGCCAGUGCAGACAGAAAAGAAGCUGAUAUACCCACGACUGCUUAUAAGAACGUGGAAGAGCUGCAUGUGAACGUCCACUUUUUUCUACACUGGACUCUGAGAUUUUCAUCCUUCAGUUUUCUUUGUAGGUCUCAUCCUGUAAGUCCAGUUCGGGUGGGUCUUUAUGCUUUCAGACCUUUUCUGCAGGUCUGUCAUUGUUGGCCUUGGGUUAUUUAUUUGGGUCAUUUUACCCGAGACUGUACACUCACCAUUCACUUCAUUAGGACCUUACAUCAUGGUUCUACUCACCGGCCACUUUAUGAGCUCCGCCAACUUCAGCUUCACUACAUAGACGUACAAUUACAAUUUGAUAGUUUCUGAUCACAGGACCACUGUUGAUCAGAUGUUACUUGGGUGGUGGACCAUUUUCAGCACAGCCGUGUUGCUGGGGUUUUGACACACCCCAGUGUCACUGCUAGGUUGAGAGAGGUCUGCCACUCAAAAAUAUCCAGCCUGGAGUGGCUCUACAGCCAGAAACUGACCAGUUAUGAAGGGCUGGAGUAGGGGUGCCCUGCUCUAAACUCUGCAGGGUGGUAGAUCUCCAGGACCAGGACUGGACACCCCUGGCUAAAGUUGGCUAACACAGACUAUGCUUUGACAAAUGGGCUUAAGCCUCUAAGACCCUGUUUACACCUGGUUGUUUCAUGCAAUUAGUAUCUGGAUUGCAAGCUUUCACGAUUUUAACCACAUUUAUGAUUUUUACUCAAAUGUGUCGGUUAGCCAGACUGAAAUUCGAUCAUUAUAUGCCAAGUAAUGUACUAUUCUGCUCAUAUGCAUCAACCAGUCGCCUGUGUUGUUCCUAAUUUUUUUCCAGUUCUAUUCAAAAUGUGGUUGAAAAUCACAGUGCAUGGUGUUUUUGAACUGUGAGUAACAACAAGGCCAAGAAAGAAGAACCAAACUGGCACUUUAUUAUAGCUAAGUAGCAACUGGGGGGAGGCAUCUUUACAGUGUCAGGUGUCAAAUAGGCCUCUGAAAUCAUGUAGUCAUUCUAUAUUCCAUAUUAGGCCUAAACUGGUUUUCUCGGUGACAGAAACGAAUGGCGUUUUGGAAAAUUGCCACUGUCAAAUGGUAAACGGAAAUGUUCCAAUGCUGAUACGUUUUGCCGUAUAGACAUUAUUCCUCUGGACGUUGCAGGAUUCGCUGAAUUGCGGGGUCAUUCAUGUAUGCAAGCUAACACUGCUGUGCACUGAGCUGACAUCCUAAGACUGCCCUGCUGAAAAAGGAGCAUUAGGAUUAAAACCUGGGUUUGCUUUUUUAUGUAGUUCUGUUAUAAUGAAAGUUUUGGGGGGAGGAACAUGCCUUAAAACCCCUCCUUCUUCCAAUCUAAUGCCCUAUAAAUUCACAUCCUCACCUUUCGUUCCUGUGAUGAAGGGUUCGCAAUCCCCACCACCACCCCAUCUCCCCCCCUGUUCCUCAGUCCUACAUCAGUCCUGCUACAGGCAGAAGCUGCCCAGAACUCCAUCC